AUGUCGCUUGGUAUACCACUUUCCCAAUUAAUAGUAGAAAGUCCAAAGCCAUUAAGUAGCGGCAUCACAGGAUUAGAUGAGAUAUUAAACCUGGGAUUCCAGGCAAGGUCGAUCUACGAAAUAUUUGGGCCUCCGGGCAUUGGCAAGACUAAUUUUGGCAUUCAAUUGGUGUGUAAUUCGUUAGAAGGCAUACAACAAUCGGAAAUAAACGACGAUAAAAUUCUAUGGAUAGAAACAUUUCAAGAAAUGCCCAUAAACAUACUAAGAGAACGCUUUCAAAAAUUUAAAAUCGUGGAAGAAAAUGUGAAGCGGGUCCGAAUAACGAAAUUUGGACAGCUAUUAUAUUUCUUCCAGAAUUUGUUCAAAUUAUCUCAAAGUGUGCGAUAUAAACUAGUUAUAAUUGAUGGAUUUUCUCAAUUAGUCUGCGAUCAUCUGUGUACACUAAGUAAAAGAGGCGGCGGAAUGAUAGAUAAAACUAUACACGAGUUAAAAUGUCGACAUUUGAUAUUAAUUUUUACGGUAAUGACCAAAUACACACAUUCCACGGGUUCGACAAUAAUAGUUUUAAAUGACUGUAUGAACACCGCCUUCCAAUCAAACGAAUUCGAAUCCUUGGAAGAAUACUACGAAAUUUUAGACGACGGAUCUAACUUCUUUGUCAACUCUAACAACGAAAGGCGUAAGAACAAUGUACAUAUAUUGAAAAGCGCGCUCGUUGCCAAUAUCGCUAUGGGAAGCAAGGAUUCCACUUGGGAAGUAUUUCUAAGAGACAGGAUCGGCCUUUUUAGGGAUUGGAAUGAACAAGUGGACGAAACCGUUUUCGUGAAAAGCAAAAGAGUGAAGGCGUCAUCCUCGCAGAGUAACGAGGGAUGUACUACCAUCAAAGAAAUGAGAAUAAACAAACGAAACUUUGAAAACUUGAGAAUAGCUAUUGUUUUUAAUUUACACGGCGAAGAUAGAAAAAGAGAAGGACGAAAUUUAAAGCGGUCAAGAAGCAGCGACGAUCGUAACUAUAUUGUCAAAUUUGAUUUUGAUAAAGCAACAGGUCAACUCCGCGAUAUAAUUGAUCUGAAACCUGAUACUGCUAAUAUUGCCUCAUUUCCAACAUUAUCAACAAGCAGCAGCAGUUGCUCACAAGUGUUUAACAAUAUUGACUCCAAUGAUAAUCCAUUACCAAAUGCGGAGGGAAAGGAGGAGAUAAUUUAUGAUAGUGAAGGUUAA